AUUUUCAAUUAUUUAACACUAAUCUUAUUAUUUAACUCAAAUGACCGGUUUCAAAAUUUAAUUUAAAAUUCAAUGUUUGUUAAUAUAAGAAUUUAUCUCAACGUGUCUUAUCUCUCCUCGAGGAGAUUCCUCCUCGAAGAAGAAAUUUCUUGGCUGUCUGUACAAUCUACGCUCGCUUGCUAACAAACAAUUCAGAAAUGGACAUAGCGGCAUACUUCGAAUUUUAUGAUAUUUUCUAAUACGAAUAUUGUAUGCGGUAUUUUUCGGACGCCGAAAUUAUCGAUAUUAUGUAAUUCGCAUUACCUUUAUUCGAAAACAGUGAGAAGAUGGCUAAUUUAAAAAGAAAGAAAAGAUUCUUCUAGAUGAAUAUUUCCAUUUCCAAAAACUGAAGCAUGUAUAAACAAUAUACUACAAAUUACGUAUCGUCAAAAUUUCAAAGAAAUCGUAAGAAUGUCGAUCUACACUGUAAAUACCUUAAAAAGAACCAGGAAUCUCAUUAGGCUAUUUGGAGAUAACGUGGAUUGUUAAAAGCUAAAAUAAAUUGUUCUAACAUUUCCUCCGCCAUAUUUCCUGGAAAUAGUGUAUAUACAUUCUUUCUGGUUAAAAAAAAAUCAUAUUUCAUUGCUUUUCAUUUAAUCACGUGAUAGCUGUAUCUUCUACCAUUUCGAUUUUUCAAUUAUAGAAAUCGAAGAUAACUGAAUUUGACCAGAUAUAGCUUCUUAAAGAGAAUUACAAAACCCUUCAGCAGGCCAUCUAGAAGUAAACUAAAUCGUUUUUUAUUUUUUAUUAUUUUUUCUUUAUUAGAACAAGCGCACAAGUGCCUUUCAAUCGCUCUCGAUUUUCAAUCAGGUAUCAGCAUAGGUAAAUCGAUCGACAAACCUUUAUAGACGCUUUACAGGUCGAUCACGAUCUACUACACGAUUAUGGUGAUGCUUACGGUUGCCUGUAUGAUAUUAUUUUCGUUCCUCACUGACUUCGGCGACCGGAAGCUCGCGUACAAAGCCUGGCUGCCUUUCAACUAUUCUGUGUCCAAUUGCUAUUACAUCGCGUACGCUCAUCAGAUCAUCGCACUGAUUGGCACGGCGCUUCUAAACGUGGCCUGUGAUGUGCUGGUUUGCGGGUUGCUCGUUCACGUCUGCGGCCAGCAAGAAAUCCUGAAACAUAGAGUAAUGGAACUGAAAAAAGAACCGAGACCUGACAUUGGAAAAAUCGUGCGUUUUCACGAUUAUUUAUACGGAUACGUUUCGAUAAUACAGCAGAAGUUUCAAGAAAUAAUAGGUGUUCAACUUCUAUCGAGCACCUUCGUGGUGUGUUUUAUCCUGUACGAAUUGUCGAACGCGCCAGUGAACUCCAAAUAUUUGCAAUUCGUCUUAUACUUGACCUGCAUGAUGACACAGGUCUUCUUCUACUGUUGGUAUGGAAAUCAGCUCAAAUUAAAGAGUGUCGAGGUUGCGAAUGCAAUCUUUGAGGCGGAUUGGAUAUCGUUUGAUAAUAGCAGCAAGAAGAGUUUGAUAAACGUAAUGAGAAGAGCCACGAAACCGAUCGAAUUGACCUGUGCCUACAUAUUUACGAUGGAUUUGAAAACUUUCGUGGACAUACUGAAAAUGUCGUACUCGACGUACAAUUUGCUCCAAAGGACGAAAGAAUCUUAAAAUACGAGGAUUCUCGUAAAAAUUAAAACUGAUCGUCACAAGCAAACAAACGCGUCGAACUUUUGGAAUUCGAAGCUUUUUGGAUGUCGAAAUUAAAAAUUUGGAAUUUCUGCGGUCAAACAAUAUUCCACACCUUUCCGCAGGAGACGAUCGAUGCUAAUUUUUACGUGUUACCUUCAAGAAACGCUAAUACAAUGAAAUCUGUCCAACGAUAUGUAAAUCAUGCAAUUGCCACGCUAAAGAUACUAAAAUUCA